AGGUAUAUUUGAACGGAGAAUAGCUUUUGUUCGGUUUGAAAUAUUAGUUCGUUAGUUAGUGUUAUAUAAAGAACCAUAUCUGUCUGAUGAAAUACAUAUUAGGACGAUCUUGAAAGUUAUGGGAUUGGAGUGUGUUGUUGAAUGGUUCUUCACCGGAAAAGGAUUCGAUUAGAGAUUUGAUCAGCUAUUUGUGAGCAUUAACAUCCGGGGAAUAGUGCUAGUGUGUGUGUAUAUAUAUACAAAAAUCAACCAGGAGUGUCAUUCGUAACCAAGGAGUCCUAUACAUAAACCUACGAUAAACAACGCGAGCAGCUAUACCAGUUGCAGAUUUUACAAAAAAACAAGAGCAACUACACAAAAACUACAACAGCCAGCACCAAAACAACAACAAAAUAAGACAUCAUGCAGACGAGCUGUUGUCAGAUCAUCGGAUUGAUCUUGCUGGUCAACACUAACCUCGCCCUGAUCAUCAGUUUUGCAACACCUUACUGGAUCGAGUACAACCCCCUGGCAUUUGUCCGCCAUAACAGGGGACUCUGGGGCCACUGUAGCCGCAAUGACUGCCAUUGGUCCUUCUUUGGGGAUGACAGAUAUGGCUUCGAUUACCCAGCAUGGUUCAAAGCGACGCAGGGCUUGAUGUCAGUGGCCCUGGCUCUUGGACUUAUUGCUCUCCUGGUGGCCACCCUUUCCCUGUGCUGUACGUGCCACAGCUGUAACCCUCACCAUCCAAUCUGUGGAUUCCUCAUCAUCGCAUCUGUGUCUAUAGCGGUAGCCAUCGUGGUUUUCGGGAUUAAGGCGAAGAAAGAAUGGGGCAUCGACUUCCAGAUGGAACUUAUGUCUAGCGGCCGCUUUGGGUGGUCAUUUUGGACGGCAGUAGGUGCCGCGGCCAGCGCCCUGCUGACUUCUACCAUCUACUGUUGUAUGGACAGAAAGAGACUUUAUAGAGCAGUUUAACGGAUGAAGGCGAAACGGUUCUAUCUGCAUUUUUAUUUUGCUCUUCUUCGCUAAUCAGGUUACCGUCUUGUCUAAGACUGAUGAGUUUGAAAUUGAAAACAAAUCGUGUAAAUAUUGUUAACACGCUGGUAUAACAUUUAGUAUAUAUUUUAUUUUAAAUCCAAAAAGUCAUUUACAUUACAACAAAUGUUAUAUAAUGUUAUGCUAUACACUAGAAGAAAAUACGAAAACGAUUUAUAUGCAUGUAGGGAAAAAACAUUUUUAUAAAUACAAAUUAAUCACCAGUGUACAGAUAGUUUCAACACAUUUCAGCUAGUUCUGGCUGUUAUUAUAAUUAUCUUGUGGUUAAUUUUGUUAUGAUAGAUUACGUCAUGUUUAUAAAUAACUACCAAUCAGAAUGCGCGAAAUGCUACUAGAGUCAUUAUAAUCAAGACUACUUAAAUGUAAUGUCACAUGGAACCUUUUCGCUUUCGCUCCCGAUUUUUGAAUUGUCUAGGUAGAUAGUAUGUAUAUUUUACAGUUUAUUAUUUUGAAAACUGUUUAUGUAUGUCUCAUAUUUACAGCUGUAUAUACAUGUGUGUGUGAAAAGUGUUUCAUUUCAUGUUCAUUUUAUAUAUCAUUAGCUGUGCAUACAAAGCUAAGAUAGAUAUUAUGUCAAUAAAGAAAUAGUUUUAUAUAUGGCUAUUUUACUAGUCUUCUACUAAGACGCAUUUAAUAUAUUGUGCUAUGUGUAUCUUUUCUGUAUUCAUAAUACUUUCAUCCACUGGUUUUGUUUUAUAUCUCAUCUUGUGCAAAACAAUCGUUGAAAUCCAAAUCAAAUAUUACGGUGCCACAAAUAUAAAGACGUGCAUAUUGAUGAAAAAAUCAAUAUUUUUUUCAAAUUUUUGGCAUCGUAAUUUUGCGAAUGUUUUUAUUUGAGAAUUUAAUAUGUUUCCCGUGUCAGUGGUUCCAUCUAAUGAACGACCAAGCGACACAAUAUCAAGUGAAUGUCAUGGAUCAAAUUAAAAGUUUUACUUGCAAAAUAAAAUAAUCAUUGAUAAAACUGACAAGUAAAGAUUUUAGUUAGGAAACAGAUUUGAAUCUAUUGUACGAAACGUGCUUCGAAUACAACCAAUCGUACCAGUUAUAUGUGUUAUCGAUUACGUACACAGGUUGUUAUAUAAUAGUAAAAAUGGUUCAUAGAAUGAUACCAGAUUGCGUUAGUUUGUUUGAGAAACUUUGAGAAGUCGAUGACUAUAUCUCAGGAUGUGCAUGCUCGUAUUGAUCCGUAUCACAUGUGUGUACAGUCUAAAUCCUUGAAAUACAGUUGAUAAGGAUAACACGUUAUGUGCGAAUGUGUAACCACCGCGUCCCCCACUUGGGUACUUUAUGUUUAUGCAUACCCUAACGGAAAAAAACUUCAUACAUAUACCAAGGUAAAAUUGAAUGACACAAUCUCUUUUUUAUGAAUAUUCAUGAGGCAUGGAGACAGACCUUCUUCCAAUGAAAUCGCAUGUUACAUUAAAUAUAAUUAAAUAGUCCUAUACUGUCAGUCGUCUCCAUAGGCGAGUAUUACGAAACUGUUCAAACCGAAGUAAUCUUAGUAAUCUGGCGGAUUUUAUUAAGUUCCAGCUUUCGGCAGAAUAUUGUUUGAGUGUCUGUGCAUAUGUUCGCUGGUUCAUUGCGGAUCAAAUCAAACUACUUCAUUUAUUGUUCAUGAUGGCGAGAUUGUCUUUGCCAAAUCGUCCACGGUACAGAUCGAAGCAUAGCGCAGUAGUGUAUAGGGGGUUUGCGACGAUCAACGGAGUCUGGCGUUGAAAAAAGUAUAAUAUAUUUAUUUGUUGGAACGUCUCCUUCAUCAGAUAAUGGAUUUUAUUUUUUAUUUUAUUGUUUAAACGCGGUUAUAGAAUAAAGAUUUCAAAUAUAUUUCUUUACAAAGCGUUUCAAACUGAAGACAAGGAUCCUAUAUCAAACCAUCUUGCGUUGUUAAGCGGGAGAAGUUUUUCGCAUGCGCAAUAGCUACGUGUGAUACGGAAUCAAAAAACGCAGUGUGUAUAAUAAAGAUUUCUUUUUCCGGUUUGAACAUUUUAUGAUUGAGUCAAGCAAUGUCUAAGACGGAAUUGUAACAGUAAGGAAAAAAAUACUUGAGUUAUUUUCUCUUGCAGAUGAUUAGCGAUUUCUUAGUUUACCAACAAAAACAUAUACAUUAUAUAGUAUAUCUGUAUAUUUUGUUUUUAAAAGAUAACGUGCCUUCAGUUGUUUACAUUUUCAAAUGUUUUUGUAUGUUUUUGUUUAGUUUUCUCAAUUAAUAGUCAUAAUAAAUGUGCAUAAUAAUGUCAA